AUGGCGUUGGCUCGGUUGGUGGAAAGAAUCGAACGAACGCUUUAUGUGCACUAUGAGGACAGCUUCGUUUACUUUUUCGAACCAAACUUCGAAGCGCUCCCGCCAGAGCUACUGAUUCACUUGUUUAAGUACCUCAACCCAAGCGAUCGAAGUGCGGCAUCGCUGGUGUGUCGGUCCUGGUACGAUGCGUACCGUUACUUAGAGUUUAUGCGGGCAAUCACGCUACACAUCCACGACGUCGAGUUUGUGGACAACGGACAUCCGCUCAAGGGCCUGCUAACGUCUUAUCGCUACUUCACGGACGUCCGUAUCACCAAGGUUGUGUUUGGUGUCAAGAGCGAAUUCUGGUCCGAAUUCGGUGAGGCAAUCGAACAGCUCACACUCGAAAAAUGCACCAUCUGGAAGCACAAGCUAGCGUCCAUUCUGAAGCAUCUACCGAAUCUACGCCGACUGAACCUGUUUAACUGCCCCGACCUGUUUAAGACGUGGAAACAAAUCGAGAACGUCACGGUGUCGUGGAAUCCGGUCAUGCCGAAGCUGCGGCAUCUGAGCCUGGCGCGAAACAACCGUUUCCAGGAGCAUCACUUUGAUUACUUGGUGCAGCUCGCUCCUAACCUCGAUUCGAUCGAUGUGUCGGAUUGUUUCAGCAGUAUCGAAGCUCGACAGCGUGUGCUCAUGAUCAAUCACAUCCUCGAGUACGUCCGGAUGAAUCAUGCUCGGUUGCGGCAUCUCUUCCUCGGUGGAACACCGAUCGAUAACGUGUUCCUGCGAGGACUCGCCGACAUCCGUGGGCUGUCUCUCGACAGCCUGGCACUAAUGGUUUGCGAAAAGAUCCCCACCAACGAGCCGGGUAUAAUGGACCUGCUGAGGACGCAGAUCCGGCUCACCCACCUGGACCUUUCGAAAUCACUCGCGCUGAACGAUUCCGCGUUGAUUCAAAUCUCGCGCGCAAUGCCACAGCUCGAGACGCUCAUCCUUAACCGCUGCUGGAUGAUCACGGACUACGGCAUCACGGCGAUCAAGGAUCUGGUUCGGUUGCGUCACAUCGAUCUCACGAACUGCGAGCGCAUUACCGACGUUGGACUCGUAGGUGGGUUGUUCACGCAUAAUCGCCGGAACGUGCGCCGGUUGUACCUCGGGUUGCUGACCAACAUGAGUGAUGCCGCGCUGACGAAGGUGUCGUUCGAAUUUUGUGACCUGGUCGUGCUUGAUUUGGGCGGGUGUUCGAACAGCAUCAACGACCUGUCGGUGCAGUACAUCUUCUACCACAUGACGAAGCUACAGGAGCUAAAUUUAGAUUGCUGCGCGAAGGUGUCCGACGCCGGGUUGACGGGCGUCAACCUGGAAGAGAAAGCAUUCGCGAUCUGGGACAUCGAGCUGUCGUUCUCGAUCGCUGACCUGGCCGGGUUACGAUCGCUCAAGCUCUCCGGGUGCUACAAAAUCACGGACUACUCGUUCGAGCGGUGCUUUCACUUUAAGGAGCUGAAGGAGAUCAGUCUCGCGCGGUUGCUGCAGUUGACGGAUCGUGGCAUCGAACGGCUCGUCCUUGGCUGCCCAGCGCUAGAGAUCGUCGACUUUAGCGAGUGCCGUACGAUCACGGACCGUUGCAUCGAAAUCGUGACUAAAUGUGAGCCUCGAUUGACAACGCUGAAGCUGCAGAAUUGUGCGCUUAUAACGGAUCGAGCGAUUCGGCACAUUGUUCAACACUGCCACGUACUGCGAGUGCUCAACAUUCGCGGAUGCAUCAAAAUUUCGUCGUACGCCGAAAAGAAACUGUCAGCCGUGCGAUCACUCCGGGACCUACACGGCAGCACACCGGAAGUGCUCUAG